AUGGGCAGGAACGGGCUCUUCGGUAACUUCCAAGGUCUAGAUGCCUUCGGCAAGACUAUGGAAGAUGUCAAGAUACGUACUCGUACAGGAGCGUUGUUAACGUUCAUAUCAUUCUCUAUCAUCCUCACGUCGAUCAUGUUGGAAUUCAUCGAUUACAGGCGUAUACACCUCGAACCGUCGAUUAUAGUAGAUCGGUCGAGGGGUGAGAAGCUGGUCAUUGAAUUUGAUGUCUCAUUCCCUAAGGUACCUUGUUACUUGUUAUCACUGGACGUAAUGGACAUAUCGGGUGAACAUCAGACGGAACUCGAACAUCACAUCUCAAAGACUAGAUUGGACAAGAAUGGUAGAGCGUUAGAGACUGUCGAAGGUGGACAGCUCAAAGGAGAUGUAGAGAGACAGAACUUGAAGAGGGAUCCAAAUUACUGUGGAUCAUGUUAUGGUGCCUCACCUGAUGAGAGCGGAUGUUGUAAUUCUUGUGAAGCUGUUAGACAGGCGUAUGCGAGAAAGGGUUGGUCCUUCAAUGAUCCAUCGGGUAUCGAGCAGUGCGUAGAAGAAGGAUGGGAGGACAAGAUCAAAGAGCAGAAUACGGAAGGAUGUCGAAUCGCAGGAAGAGUCAGAGUCAACAAGGUCAUCGGUAAUCUCCAUUUUAGUCCUGGUCGGUCAUUCCAGCAUAACAUGGUUCAAAUGAUGGAUCUUGUCCCAUACCUCCGGGAUAACAAUCAUCACGAUUUCGGACAUGUCAUUCACAAAUUCCGAUUUGGAGCUGACCUGACUGCCGCCGAGGAAGCUACGGUCUUACCUAAAGAAGCCAAGUGGAGGAAUAGCUUGAUGAUGAGAGAUCCUCUACAGGAAGUGGCUGCUCAUACAGAGGAAUCUCAAUAUAUGUUCCAAUACUUCCUUAAAGUCGUGUCAACCAAUUUCGUAGCCCUCAAUGGCGAAGAAAUCCCAUCUCAUCAAUAUUCAGUAACGCAAUAUGAAAGAGAUUUGAGAUUGGGUAAUGCGCCUGGAAAAGAUUCUCAUGGACAUAUGACAUCCCAUGGAGUCGCCGGUGUUCCAGGUGUAUUCAUCAACUACGAGAUAUCACCGAUGAAAGUGAUUCAUACAGAGACGAGGCAAUCUUUCGCACAUUUCCUCACAUCGACGUGCGCAAUCAUCGGAGGAGUAUUGACAGUCGCGAGUCUAGUCGACGGAUUCAUCUUCUCAAGUUCGAAGAGGUUAAAGGGGAUUAACGAUGAUGGAUUUGGCGCUCCGGGUGGAAAGAUGCUAUAG